AUGGACCAGGCGAGCAAUGACAGCAAAAAGACACUUUUCUUUUCCCAGGCAACAGCGAAUGCCAUGUGGGCUGCCGGAAUAUCGCCAAUGAGCGUGCAAGCGGUCCACCAGGCAUCGACAUUCCAGGAAGAGAAGGUUCUUGCAACGAUUGCGGACAGCAAGCAUCAGGUCAAUGUGGAAGCACAACAUUUCAUCUGUCGUGAUGAAAGAAUCAAUGUGGUUCACUUGAACAAUGCGGCUCAUGCACUGGCCCGGCGACAUGUCGUACUACGUUCCCUCUUUUGCCUGGAUGAUGUUACUACAAAAGGACAUCUCAGGCGGAUAACAAUGGUAGUUCUUGACACAGAUUAUCCCCAAAAAGAUAUCAAGCUUGUCAAUACUGUGGGAACUUGCCAGUGGCAGGGAGAGAUGCCAUGGAAGUUAACAAUCAGCUCAUUGCCUGGCGAGAAAGGCUUUCGUCUAUCACUGUGCUACCAUACUGCAAUCCUGGAUGAGUCUUCGGCUUGCCAGCUGUUGCGCUACCUGUGGGGUGAGCUGCAGGCUCCCGGUUCCGCCGUUGUGUCCGACUUCUUUGCGGCCCACAGGGGCCAGGCUUUCCGACGCAGCCGUGAUAUGCAACGUCGGGUACAAGAGAGAUUGCCGAGUGCACCACCUCUCCUAGCUAGCUUUGGUAGCACAAAGCCACUUGACAAGGAGGGGUAUGGUGUCACGAUUGGCAAAGUUGCUAUGCCUUACCCUCGGGCUGUUGGCCCACAGAUAGCACGGCAGGCCAUAUAUAUGGCACUCUGUACAUUUGCCAGAACACAAGAGGCCACAUUUUUAGAGUUAACGUCGCACAGGGGACUACUUCCCUCAACCCAUAGAGAUGUUCUGGGUCCAGUUCUAGUGCCUCAGUUUCGGUGGGCUCAACAUGAUAGCUACACAGCACUCUCCAAUAUUGCUGAGAGCCUAGCUUCGGGCUGCGACAUCCACCACAACUUCUCACCUGGCGAGCUGUGCUCCUUCAUUUCAGACUCAUCGCACCGAACUUUUGUGUCUCUCGUUUGUCAUACAGAUUCAUGUGCUUCCACUGGAGUGGAACCCUGGACCUGGGAAGGCAAAGAGUCAUGGUCGGAUGUCCCUUUGGAAAUCGAGCUACUUCCAUGUGGUGGGGACUCCUACCUCGUCCGCAUUUGCUACCACAAUAAUCGGUUCAGAGACAACACCAUUGUGGCAUUCCGACAAUUUCUUUGCGCAUCUCUUGAGUGGCAACAGCAUACGCAUGGUGCGUGGCGAAACACUACUUUCGUGUCUGCGGUCGACCAUGUCCUUUGUUCAUGUCCCGAUGUCACAGCUUACCUGACAAAUCAGGAAAGAAUUCAGACUGGAAUUGGGCCCGUUGGUGGGUCAUUAGGGGUCGACAUCCCAAGCAACACAUUAGAAAUCACCAUAGAGGAGUGCGAGAGACCAAAUAGCCUGUGCCUUGCGCAUCACUUGCUCGAGCAGAGUGUUAGAAGGUUUCCAGAGAAAAUUGCGCUGCAAUAUAGAUUUACCGAUUAUUUGACAUAUCGGGACUUGAAUGAUCACUGUGACCUAGUUGCUGGUGCGUUGGCAUGCUGGAUCCAGCAUACUUACCCAGUGUCUCCCGAUGAUGAAAUUGUUAUACCGAUCUCAUUUGACAAAGGGUUCGAGCUGGUUAUAGCUAUGUUCUCGGUGCUGAAGGCAGGGGCGGCUUUCGUACAUAUCGAUGCGAGCCUACCAGCUGACAGAAUAGCGGGCAUCAUUCGGAAGACGGGAGCACCAUUCAUUCUUUACGAUGGAAAGACUGAUACAGAUAAGCUGAACGAAGUUGCCAGGAGGGAAGGCAAGGCAAUCGUUGCGCUUAAUGAUUUGAGCAAGGCGCAGGAUCAACCUCAACUUCCGUUUACCCGAAAGGUACAACUGCCUUCCUCGCUCGCGUACAUCCAAGUGACAUCCGGAACGACUGGGGAGCCGAAAUGUAUCAUGAUAGAACACUGCAACUUGGUGGCUUUUAUGGAAGCCGACGAGCCGGAGUUUUUGGGAAGUUGGACGACCAGCAAACUGCAGUUGUCAAAUCGUACCUUUGACAUAGCCAUGGCGGACAUAUUUGGCACUCUGGGUUGUGGAGGAAGGUUAGUCCUCGGUCCAGAUGCAGAGAUACUGUCCUCUCUGGCAGAAUGGCUGGAGAUGACCAGUGUGACGGACCUGAAUACGUCUCCCUUGGUUGCAGACUUGCUAAAGAACAAUGUCCCAGCUCAUCUAAGCGUCCUGAUGGUCGGCGGAGAGCCCUUCCACCCAUCUCUGAUAAGAGACAUCCCUAAGGAAUGCCGAUUAUACAACAACUAUGGCCCAAGCGAAACGACAUUCGUAGCCACAACAUACACUGUAUCAGAGGAGGAUGCAAAUAAUUCAAACGUGCCAAUCGGUCGCUCUUUCGGAUCCUGUAAAAUUCAUCUCCUGGAACCUGAAAGUGCGGAGCGGGUCAAAAGCGGAGACAUUGGCGAAAUAUGUAUCAGUGGGCCGCAAGUAUCCAGAGGGUACCUGGGACAGCCUGCGCUUACUGACAAAAGCUUUUUCCCCGACCAUUAUGUCAAAGAUGCAAAAUGCAAGCUGUAUCGCACUGAAGACCUUGGGCGAUUUUUACCCGACGGAAGGCUUGAGUAUGCCGGGCGCAAAGAUAGGCAAGUGAAACUUCGAGGGCAGCGCGUCGAGACACUCGAAAUAGAAAUGGUGAUUCGGAGAAACCCUCGAGUGAAGGCUUGCGCAGUCACCACAGGCGAAUCAAUCCAUGGGAUGGCCCUCGUUGCAUUCAUUGAAACACAGCUGAACCAAGAGCCAUCCACCGACGCGACACCUGAAGAGCUGAGCUGGGCAAGCCUGAUAUCCGAGAUCAAGGCCAACUUAUCCCAGAGCCUGCCAGACUAUAUGAUACCAGGGUGCAUUGUGAAGCUCAAAGAUGGCUUACCUCGUCUAGCGAGCAACAAGCUUGAUCAGAAAGCACUGUUAUCUCGAGCAACAGAAGUGCUAGCAAGCCAAGCGUUCCAAGCGGCAGUGGAAUACGUCCCUCCACGGGACGAAGUGGAAAGGCAUGUCUGUGAAGCUUUUGGCGACGUUCUUUCUUGCCAGGUUGGUAUUACAAACAGUUUUCUGGACCUCGGAGGGCACUCUGUCACAGCGAUUCGGGUCGCGGGUAAAAUAAGGAAACAGCUCCGCACUGAUAUUACCUUCCGGGAUGUGCUGGAAUUCUUGACACCAGAAACUCUCAGUGCGCGGAUUCGCGCUUCUGCGGAAGAUAUACAGCAAGGUCCAGCGACAUAUCGAACGCCAGAUAGCAUGGUUGUUCAGCAAUCGUUCGCACAGGGGCGUUUAUGGUUCUUGGAACAGCUUCAUCCAAAUCUGAGCUGGUAUCACAUGCCACUUGCAUUCAGGCUGCGAGGACGAUUGCACCUCAACGCCUUGGAGGCCGCCUUGCUAGCACUUGAAAAGCGUCACGAAACGCUGCGAACGACAUUCGACGUGAGGGGCGACAUGAAUGUCCAAGUAGUCCAUCCUUUCCAAGCCAAAAAUAUUCGAAUGUUGGAUCUUGCUGGGAACCCUGGUAGCGAAGAGGGGCUUUACUCGGUUCUCUGCCGUGAACAGACAAAGCCUUUCAAUCUCAUGGACGAACCCGGGUGGAGAGUAGCUGUGGUGCGAGUUAGCUCUCAAGAACAUAUUCUCUCCCUUGUUAUCCAUCAUAUAAUUGCGGAUGGUUGGUCGUUGGGGGUGGUUCUGCGAGAGCUGGCAUUAUUCUAUUCUGAGAGCCUCCGUGGGAAAGAUCCCUUGUUACAAUUACCGGCCCUUCCUAUCCAAUACCGAGGGUACUCGCUAUGGCAACGUGAGGAAGAACAGCUCCGGCAGCAGCAACGCCAACUAGCGUAUUGGACGCGACAGCUGCGAGGCAGCCACCCAGCCGAGUUUCCGUGUGAUAAGUCUCGACCUCCUGUGCCAUCAGGACAGGCUGCUGUGAGGGGAAUUAAGAUCGCAGGUGCUUUAUACAGGGAGUUGGCGAGGUUCUGCAGGCGACAUCUUAUAACACCAUUCAUUGUUCUCCUUGCAGCCUUUCGAGCAGCUCAUUACCGAAUGACACGGGCACCUGACGCGACGAUCGGCACUCCAAUAACAAAUCGCAACCGCGAAGAACAUGAAGGAAUAGUUGGACUGUUCGUGAACAUGCAGUGUAUGAGAAUUGAAGUUUCAGAGACCGAUUCCUUUGAGGUACUAGUUAAACGGGUAAAGGAGAUAGCAGCAGCAGCAUUCGCACACAACGAGGUCCCAUUUGAGAGGAUCGUCUCCGAGCUACAGCCGACGCGGGAGAGUUCACGCAAUCCACUGAUACAAACGAUAUUCGCAUUUCAUCCAGAGCGUGUUGACAAGAUUGGUCUUGAAGGCAUCGACUCAGAACUGAUGGGGUUGACACAUGUGACAAGGUUCGACCUCGAAUUUCACGUCUACCAGUGUGAAGAAGGCCUGGAAGGCGAUAUAAUAUUCGCUAUUGAGCUUUUCCAUGAUCGAACGAUCGAUAUGUUGCUAUCGAUCUUUCAAGAUAUACUGAGAGUAGGAUUAGAAAAGCCACAUGCGGAUAUUGAAACAAUUCCUCUGUCGAGUGAUACUUCCGCACUUGCCGACAAGGGCUUGUUGGAAGCUCCUUCCUCCCAAUACCCGCGAUACUCAAGUAUAAUCGAUGUUUUCUCCCAGCAGGUAGCUGCACAGCCGGAUAGAAUAGCUAUCAAGGACAAUUUGUGUUAUUGGACUUAUGCAAGGCUUGACUUGGAGUCCGACAAAAUGGCUAGAUUCUUGCGUGAUUUGGACCUCCCCAAAGAGACUGUGAUCACGGUUUUCGCAGAACGAUCGUGCGAGACCAUCGCAGCCUUUUUGGGCAUACUCAAGGCAAACAUGGCCUAUCUUCCCUUAGAUAUCAAGUUCCCGGCUGGUCGGAUAGAGUCCAUCCUUUCAUUUAUUGAAGGCAAUAGACUUGUUCUGGUCGGCUCCGGAUGUCAAUUCCCAAUUAUGCACAUGGAUCGGGUGGACAUUGUCCCCAUGGUACGACUGUCGACUGGUGUUUCUCUUAACUCAGCAUAUAACGAAGGUACAUUGCCUAGUCCCAAUAGCCUAGCAUACGUUAUGUUCACCUCCGGCUCCACCGGCCAACCAAAAGGGGUCAUGAUUGAGCACAGAGCAGUUGUGUCACGUGUGAAGGGUUGCAAUAUGCUCGAGAAUGGGAUUGCUGCAGAGCCAUUUGCGCAUCUUUCCAGUAUUGCUUUUGAUGCUGCAGUUUGGGAGAUAUACACUCCCCUACUCAACGGCGGCACUGUCAUUUGCAUUGACAGUAUUAGAGUCACGGACUUUGAAGCAUUGUCCAACGUCUUUCAUACUGAAGGCAUUCGUGUAGCACUUAUUACACCUGCCCUGCUAAAACAGCUUCUCGCACAGUCAUCGGCUUCAAUCUCUGGGCUUCACACACUGGUCGUUGGCGGGGAUCGAGCGGAUCCCAAGGACAUGAUCAAAGCAGGCGAGCUAGUUCAAUGUGAUGUCAUAAACGCUUAUGGCCCAACGGAGAAUACCGUUAUCAGCACCUUUUAUCGACUUUCACAAGGCGAAGAAUAUCAUAACGGUGUACCAAUUGGACAAGCAGGAACAGCCUCCGGAGCGUAUGUUGUGGAUCAGCAACUAUGUCUAGUGCCACCUGGUGUAAUCGGUGAACUCGUCGUUGUCGGGGAUGGCCUAGCGCGUGGCUAUGUUGACGCACGAAGGGAUGUGAAUCGUUUCGUCAACAUUAAUAUCGGCGGUCAGAUGCUGAGGGCGUAUCGCACGGGUGACCGAGUACGUUGCCGUCCGCCAGACGGACAACUUGAAUAUAUUGGCCGGUUGGAUGGCCAGGUCAAGAUUCGAGGAUUCCGUGUUGAGACCGAGGAGAUCGAGCACGUUCUCCGCAGUUCGGGACUAGUCGGAAACGCCGCAGUGCUCUUCCAGCAGCCUGAUGAUUAUGAGGCCCGGCUAGUAGCUUUUGUCACGCUGUUGAAGGAAGGCGACAACCAAGGUCCCAUGGAUGAAACAACAAGGUGUAGAAGAGAAAGGGAAUCAGAACAGGCUUGGAAACAAAUCUUCAGUGAAGUCACUUAUGACAGCCAGAUCGACCCUCGUGACGCCGGUAGGGACUUCUCUGGAUGGAAGUCAAUGUACGAUGGUACCGACAUCGACAAGAAAGAAAUGGGGGAAUGGCUGAACGACACAAUCACAACGUUGCUCAAUGGUGCACCGCCAGGAAAUGUGGUCGAGAUUGGGACGGGCUCAGGGAUGGUUCUCUUCAACAUUGCAAACGACCUGCAGACCUAUGUCGGACUUGAACCGGUACAGUCGAUAGUGGAAUUUGUCAAGACAAUGAUAGACAAAGUUGAUCCGACACUAGCAAGCAAAGUACAGCUACACGUCGGAAGCGCCAGUGACUUGGACAAGAUAUCGUCCAACAUUGUAUCGCCCGAUCUUGUGGUGGUGAAUUCUGUUGCGCAGUAUUUCCCCAGUGCGGAAUACCUGUCCAGGCUCAUCCUGGAACUUCUGCGAAAGCAUCAGGCCAAGACCCUCUUCUUCGGAGACAUACGUUCAUAUGCACUAUAUGCUCAGUUCCAGGUCACCAAGGCCCUGCAUGGAAAAGGCGAAACUAGUCCUGAAUACAUCCGUCAAAGUAUGGAAGAUACUGUGGCGAAUGAAACAGAGCUGUUGAUUGACCCUGCCUUCUUCACGUCUCUAGCAGCUAGAUUCCCAUAUCUCAUCCACCACGUUGAAAUACUUCCAAAAAGGAUGCGGGCGACGAACGAACUAAGUUGCUAUCGUUAUUCGGCCAUUAUUCAUGCUGUGCGACAGGACUACCUCCCGAUUAUUCACACAGUAGAUGCAGACCAGUGGAUCGACUACAGCUCCCAAGGUUUAAGCGGGGACGGGCUCUUGGGGCUAUUAAUGGAGAGCUCGGAAGCAGCUGUUGUAGCUAUCGCCAACAUUCCGUACAGCAAGACUCUUCUUGAGAGACUAGUCGUCGAGGAAUUAUCCAAACAGACAAUUAUUACAGACACUAAUUGGUUAUCAUCGGUCCGUCAGAGAGCAGAUGAGCUUAAUGGACUUUCGGCAGUGGAUCUUGUUGAUCUGGGUAACUUGGCAGGCUUCUAUGUGGAGUUGAGUUGGGCGCGCCAAUUUUCCCAACACGGAGGACUGGACGCCAUCUUUCACCGCAUUGGAACCCCGUAUGGACGACAAAGGCCCAUGUUUCGAUUCCACACGGAUCAUGAAGGUCGCUUAAAUCGGGAGUUCAACAAUUCACCGAUUCACGGUCCGUCGGCACGCCAUAUCGAAAGGGACCUCCAGCAAAUUCUGAAAUCACGCCUGCCUUGGUACAUGGUUCCGGCCAUGAUACGGAUCCUUGACGACAUGCCUACCAAUCACAGUGGCAAGAUAGACAGACGAGCUCUGUCUGAUAUUGCGGCCACAAUAACACCUAGACAGGUACCCGUUGACAUGCCCUGCGUGCGUCCGAGCAAUAAGUUCGAAGUGGUCGUCUGUGAAGAAUUCGGUUAUGUCCUUGGAUGUGAGGUGGGCGUUACAGAGAAUUUCUUCGACCUUGGUGGGCACUCCUUGAUGGCAACAAGAGCAAUAUCGAAGAUUGUUCAGCGAACACAGUGUGCCAUCACGGUCCGAGACCUUUUUGACUGCCCAACGCCAGGAGCUUUGGCAAGCAGGAUUUCACAAGUUUGGUACGGCAGGGGCGAUGAAGACGCAGAAGGUAACGGAGUUCAAAACAUUGAUGAGUCUACUGAUUGUGAGCCUGUCGUGCACGAUGGAUGGGACCAGGCUGUGGAUGCGGUCGGGUUUUGCGCAGAGGACGUGGUGCACAUAAUGCCAUGUUCUCCUUUUCAGGAGGGUGUCCUUGCUGCCGACCUCGUCCUGGGAGACCAACCCGCUUAUUUGGCCACCAUGAAGCUGAAAUUUGACGGACACUUGGAAGUGGAUAUGUUGCAGUCAGCGUGGCGUUCAACAGUAGCACGAGAGGAGAUGCUUCGAACAGCCUUCGUACCAUCCCCGCAAAAUUUGUCCAUAAAUGGAUUCUGCAGUGGAGCCUUUCUGCAGGCCGUCCUCCGUUGUGAUUCCAACGAAGUGGAAAGGGUCUCGACGCUGCGGCAGCAGGAGUUCGAUCCACAGCCUGAGCUGGGGAUGGGUCAUAUACCAGUUUCAUUGGCAUUAAGACAAAAUGAUGCACCAGGUGCAAUCACAAUUGAGUUGACGAUGCAUCACGCACUGUAUGACGAAGCCUAUUUAUCUUGUGUUCUGGAUGGGCUGUCUCGUGAAUAUCACCAUACACACGAUACUAGCCCAACAAACGAUGGCCAGGACAGUCACAUGCCGUUCGCAGCGUUCAUUCACACGUUGCAAAAGAAGGAUCGAUCGGUAGCCUCCUCCUUUUGGAAAGAAUACCUACAUGGGACGCCAACAUGUACCUGGCCAAUUUCAUGCGGUCUCAGAGGUCCUAUGAAUGGAGGUCAAAUCCCACAGGAAGCUUGUGCUGAAUGGAAUGGAGAUGCAGAAGCACUGUCAAGAAUCUACGGCACCACCCCUGCCAGUAUUGUGAGAGCGGCUUUGGCUUUGUCCAUUGCUGUACACAGCGAAUCUGACGACGUUAUCUUCGGUGAGGUGUCGAGUGGCCGGGCUCAUUCAGAGUUCGUCAAAGGCCCCUGCAUCGCCACGCACCCGGUACGAAUUUCGCUCCAAGCGGAUGCAAUGCAGCAUUAUAAGGAAGGACCACAAGGGACAGUUUUUAUGGAAACGCUCCUCACGCGCAGCCGAGAUGCGUUCUUGGACACGAUGCCAUAUCAGCAAGUUGGACUCGAAUCUAUUCGACGGUUGUCUGAGAAUCCUGACUUACUUCCUUUUCAGGUGCUCUUUGUUUUCCAGGGACAAGUUGCAAAUGCCAAGAAUCAUGGAAGUUCAUGGAGCCGAUUCCAUAUGGCUGACGAUAAGUUGAAACAUACCGACUUUCCCUUAGUGCUGGAAGCGUUCUGUGAAGAGCUCACAGGUCAUCUUCACAUGCGAUGUGUGUUUGAUCCGGUGGCAAUACUUCCGGCAGAUGCAGAUUGGGUGUUACAGCACAUCAUUGAUUCGAUUGACCUCAUGCAAACAUGUUCCAUGCGACAGCAAGGAGAACGACGCCCUGAGGCUAAGCUCGUCAUCACAGAGCGAGAGAAGAUUGCCAUCGGGCAAUUGUUGGGCCACGAAAAUAUGGAAUCCUCUUCUGACGACGGUGGUGCGUUGUCUACCGCUGUCGAACUCUUUCGCAAGCGCGCAAUGGAAAUGCCGGAGAAAAUUGCUUUGCAGGUCCAAAGAAGCGAUUUUGUCACGUUCAGACAACUCGACGAUCUAAGUAAUCAGAUUGCUGUAGGCCUUGAAGGAAUGCUAAACUAUCAAACAAGUGAGACCUCCAGGCAGAGAUGCGUGCCGAUCUUUUUCGAGAAGUCAUUCCACAUGGUUAGCGCCAUUUUCGGCAUCCUGAAGGCCGGAGCGGCUGUUGUUCCCAUGGACAUUCAACAUCCGAUGCAGAGGCUAGAGACAAUAUGCAGAACAACCGCAGCCACUGUCUUCCUUUGGGAUGGUAUGAAUGCUGGCGAGAAGCUACAAAAUCUUGUCAAGUUAACGGGAGCAACUGCACUGACCGUAGAAGAUUUUCUCCAUAAUACCAACCCGACGUACAAGCAGAAAGUUCUACCUCUGGACUCUCUGGCUUAUGUGCUCUUUACCUCAGGAUCAACCGGUAUCCCAAAAGGGGUGAUGGUCGAUCAUCGGAACUUGGCAUCGUUUCUGUCCUCCAAAAGAGGAAGUACUGACUGCUCAUGGACUUCGAACAGACUCGCGCUGCUUGCUCCUACCUUUGAUGCGGCAAUGGGAGAUUUGUUCGCCACGAUCUGCAAAGGUGGUCGACUCUUGUUGGGAAAACAACAGGAUAUGCUCUCCGGGUUGAGUCAUUGCUUAGAAGAUCUGAGUGUCACACAUCUGUCACUAACUCCCACGUUGAGUACGCUGAUACUGAACGACCUUGACAACGAAGGGUUAUCUUUCAUGCGCUCUUUAGUCUUUGGGGGUGAGACUUUUCCAGUCAGUAUCCUGGGUCGUGUACCCAGUUCAAUAACGGUCUGGAAUGGUUAUGGCCCUACCGAGACGACCAUUGAAAUAGCAGCCUGCAAGGUACAAGGACCAGAUGUUGAUGUUUGCGGAGGCCGAUCGUUUGUUCCCAUUGGAGAGCCGGGCCAGAACAGACACAUUCGGGUGCUAUAUCCCGGAACUACGGAGCAAGUCCCACUGGGUUCAGUUGGCGAGGUGUGCAUUAGUGGACUACAAGUGACACAGGGCUAUCUAGGCCAGCCUGAGUUGACCGCGGAACAUUUCAUACCAGACCCGUUCUCACCGACGGGACGGGGGAGAAUGUACCGUACGGGAGAUAGAGCAAGACUCCACGGAGAUGGAUACCUUGAGUACCUUGGUCGCAUGGAUGGGCAGAUAAAAGUUCGAGGCUUCCGAAUUGACACUGAAGAGAUUUGUUCGGUAGCGCGGAAGCAUCCGCAAAUCAUUGCGUGUGCAGUGAUUAAGCUUCAGGGCAACGGAACUGAGACCCUGACAGCGUGUGUUGAAGUGGAGCAUCAACUCAAGCUCGGAAAUGUCAUAUGUGAAGCCACAAUUAAGGAGCAUCUGGCCCAAAGCCUUCCCGCCUAUAUGGUUCCAGCCUUCAUCUGGGUGCAGACAAAACCCUUACCUCGUACGACAAGUGGCAAACUAGACAGAAUCGGUAUUGCCAAGAUGGCCGAGGACAAGCACAGCGAGAGUUCAAAAGACCGUCUGGGGCACUCUCAUGUGCCUGUGCACGCUGCGCCGGGAAGCCUAGAACACAAGAUAGCUUCACUCUGGGCACAGGUGCUAGGGGUCAACGAAGACUCAAUUGACGUCACGGCAGCAUUCCAUGAAAUGGGCGGUGACUCCAUUCGCGCCGUAGCAUUGCUCGCAAUCCUUCGUCGACAAGAGCUGCACCUCGAUCUGAUAGACGUUUCACAGACUUCAACAGUACGGUCGCAAGCAGCCAGAAUUGGAAAGGGGUCAGCCGUCAGACACAAUGCGAAAUACCUACAUUUCCAGAUGCGCCAAGGGAGUGUGGCAACAAUUGUCCUUGUUCACCCAUUCCUUGCGCAGUCCACUGUUUUCAAGCCUCUGCUGCCAUUACUAGACGACUCGUUUGAUGUGCUUCUAGUCGAUGACCCAUUUAUGGGCACAGCCAGUUAUCCCAGAACGCUUUCUCAAUGGGCCAAUCAUUACUUGACCGAUAUCAAGGAACAGAUUCAGACCGACUACCCCGUGCUAUUUGGGGGGUAUUCAUUUGGUGGUCUCAUUGCAUUCGAGAUGGCCCAAAAAUGGGACCAAUUAUACGGAGCCCAUUCCAGCUCCGUAGUCCUGCUCGACCCUGGUACUUACGAGAUAGAUAAUACAGUACCGGAGAGUGAAAGUGAGAAGGACAGCUUGAUCAUGAAGUCGCUGGGCAGGUCGGAGAUCAGUCCUCAAGACAUCUUGCCGCUUCGAGAGUGCUUCGAUGGAUACGUGAGAGCCUUGAAGGAAUCAGAGUGUCCACCAAUAUAUGAGGGUAAUUGCCUUCAUGUGGCGUUGCCCGAUCGGCUUCAGGAUGGAGUGGUCGAUUGGUGGAAGAAGUGUUGUCCCAACAUCACUUUGGGCGUUGUCGACUGCGACAAUCAUUACACGUUGAUGAGGGAUGCAAAGUCCCUGACAGUUAUCAGUCAGUUAAUCAAUGAGCAUUGCCACGCCAUUAUAGAAGAGAACCGAGCGGUGAGCAGUGCGAGUUCAGAAUCCCGAUUGUAUGGGGGAUCUUCGAGAACCGACGUGUCGCUGGAAGAUGGAGACGCGAAGGAGCAGCCCAGGUGA